ACGGUCACACAGAUUCCCAGCAUUGGAAAAAAAAUAUAUACAUAAAUACAUUUUCACGAAUAAACAAAAUUAUUUUAUUUCACGGAGAUUAUAUCAAAUAGAGAUCCUACAAAAUGGAACGCAAUAAUGGACGCUACCCAUAUAUACGCCGCCAGGGCAGUGGGCACAACAAUUACCACCAUCACCACAACAACAAUGCAAACUCCACUACGUCUGCAGCAGGAUCAACAAAUGCAACACAAUAUAGCAAUCAUAGCAUUAACAACUCUCCUUCAGCUGUCAUGACGGGGGCACAAAACAGUAAUGCACUAUAUGCAACGGUGCUGCCGCCAUCACAAAAUGUGGCUAUUUCUCAACAUGACGAAUUAAUUCGGUACAUACGGGAGGCUUGGAUCAAGGUUUAUGAGCAGGGCACACCUGUUAUUUACUGCAACGAAUCUGAUAAUCAAUUGAAAAAUUUCAAGCCAUUUAAUUUGGAGGAGUAUUGGGGGCAGCGUCUGGUCCAGAAUAUACACGUGACGACAACAAAUGCCAGCGGACAUCAGUGAGAAUUGGAAAAGGGACGGUGGCUUCUGUUACAUGGUAGUAAUAAAAUAAAUUAAUACUUUUUAA